UACACGGAACUUUACAAGAAAGGGCACUUGUAUGUAAGAAAAUUUGACUUUUCCUUGGAGGAAUUUGUCAAGAAAGAACACAGACGUGUGUGUGUGUAUAUAUUAGCAGAAAUUGUGUAAGAUGAGAGAAAAGUGAGAAAAGCAGGGGCAGGAAAGAAGAUCUGAGAGAUGAUGAGGGAGCUAUGGAGUCAAAUGGGAUCAUUAAUGGCAACUGUGGUGUUCAUGUACACAGUUUUUGAGCGAUUCUUCCCUUCUUCCUUUCGUGACCGUCUUCAGGCAUAUGCUCAAAAAGUGACAAAUCAUUUCAACCCUUAUAUCCAAAUUACCUUUCCUGAGUUUUCAGGGGAAAGAUUGAAGAAAAGUGAAGCAUACAAUGCCAUCCAAACCUACCUCAGUGCAAACUCCUCUCAGAGAGCCAAAAGACUCAAAGCUGAAGUGGUGAAGGAUAGUCAAACCCCACUGGUCCUCAGCAUGGAUGACAACGAAGAGAUCACUGAUGAAUUCCAAGGCGUCAAAGUGUGGUGGAGUGCAAACAAAGUAAGCUCCAAUCCUCAGAGGUACAACCCUUUCUCUUACUACGGUUCCUCUGAUGAGAAAAGGUUCUACAAGCUCACUUUCCACAGAAGCUACCGUGAUAUCAUCACCAUGUCUUACAUCAAGCAUGUGUUGGAAGAGGGGAAGGAAAUUGAGUUGACAAACAGGCAGUUGAAGCUUUACACCAACAAUCCCAGCAGUGGUUGGUAUGGUUACAAGCAGUCAAAGUGGAGCCACAUAGUGUUUGAGCACCCUGCCUCUUUUGAAACACUGGCAAUGGAUCAGAAAAGGAAGGAAGAUAUCCUGAAAGACCUUACUAAAUUUAAGAAGGGAAAGGAGUAUUAUUCAAAGAUAGGUAAGGCUUGGAAAAGAGGGUAUCUUUUGUAUGGCCCUCCAGGGACUGGGAAGUCUACCAUGAUAGCUGCUAUUGCUAAGUUCAUGAACUAUGAUGUGUAUGAUCUCGAGUUGACAGCAGUGAAGGACAANACUGAGUUGANAAANUUGUUGAUUGAAACUCCAAGUAAGUCUAUUACGGUGAUUGAGGACAUUGAUUGUUCUCUUGAUCUUACUGGGCAGAGGAAGAAGAAAAAAGAAGAGGUUGAGAGUGAAGAACCAAAAGAUCCUAUGAGGAAGAAUGAAGAGGAGAGUAGCAAGAGCAGCAAGGUAACUCUAUCUGGGUUGCUGAAUUUUAUUGAUGGGAUUUGGUCAGCUUGUGGAGGUGAGAGGAUCAUCAUUUUCACCACAAAUUAUGUGGAGAAACUUGACCCUGCUCUCAUCAGGAGAGGGAGGAUGGAUAAGCACAUUGAGAUGUCCUAUUGUUGUUUUGAUGCAUUCAAGGUGCUGGCCAAGAACUACUUGGAUGUUGAGUCUCACCUUUUGUUUGGUAGAAUUGGGAGAUUAUUGAAAGAGACAGAAAUGUCGCCUGCUGAUGUUGCUGAGAAUCUAAUGCCAAAGUCUGAGGAUGAAGAUGUGGAGUCUUGCCUGGAGAAUUUGAUUACUGCUCUUGAGAAGAACAAGGAGGAGAAUGCAAAGAAAAAGGAAGAAGAAGAAGCACAGAAAAAGUUGGAGGAGGAGAAGGCCAAAGAAGAAUCUACUCAGAAUAAGGAAAUAAACAAAGAAAAAACUAGGGAGAAUGGGGUGAAGGAAAAUGGGUUUUGUUGAGGGGGAAAUAGAAAAUGUAUUUGCAAAUAACAAUCAAUUGAUCUAGCCAGUUAGAUUUUCUAUUAGUUGGUAAUGACUGCAGUACACUACACUGCUGGGAUUUGGUAAUUUGAAAUAUCUACCAAUUUUUCCAAUGUAGCUUCUUGGCUUAAUAAGAAUCAAUUAACCUUCUUGUGUUGCUCAA